AUGAAGCCAGCGUACGGCGUACCGGCGUACGGCGUAAAGGAACUAGGCCAAUCACAGGCUUUACGCCCGUUGUCGGCACCUCCGAAUAGUGGUUCGAUGUAUUACAAUUACAAAGGCACUCAUAGCUUGGUGUUAAUGGUUAUUGCUGAUGCUAAUUAUCGGAUCUCAUUACUAGACAUUGGUGCGCCAGGAAGACGUAGCGAUAGUAGAGUAUAUUAUGCUAGCGAGAUUGGCAAACGAUUACAAAACGGAACGCUGUCAAUUCCUCUACCAAAACCUGUGGAACAUGGUGGCCAGGCUUUACCAUUUAUUUUAGUCGGUGAUGAAGCAUUUCCGUUAACGCAGUACAUGCUGAGGCCAUAUCCUAGAAGUGGUAGACUUAACAGACGCAAAAAUGUAUUUAACUAUCGUUUAAGUCGAGCUCGCAGAAUUGUGGAAAAUGUUUUUGGGAUACUCUCUGCAAGAAUGCGAAUAUUUCGCAAACCGAUAAUUGCCAGCAUACCUACUGCCACUAGAAUAAUCAAAGCGACUACGUGUUUACAUAAUUUCAUAAUAUCACAAGAACUGAAGCAACCACAUACGCAAAGAAGAUAUAUGACAUUAAAUGCACAUGAACGAGAAUUGCGUGGCAUAGGUAUGGAAGAUGUAGGAACGUUCGACAGAAGCAUACCGACGAAAAAUAGUGCUAAAAUAAGAGAUGAUUUUGCAACAUUUUUUGAAACUACUGGUGCGGUUUCAUGGCAAUGGGAAAAAGUUUUGCAGAAUAAUUUUUAA